AUGCAUAAUAACCCCGCAAUAUUAACAUUACCAGGUUCAGCUGUAGCCAUGAUAGGGGCUAAUUUGCGGUUCGGCAUCGGUGCAUCUGGUAAUGUAACAUCCAAUGCGACAAAAGUAUUCCAGUGUCAUCCCGGAGGAGUGACCGAAGCAACUGUAAUAUUCAGUCUCGGAGCACUCGGAAUGGGCGCCAAUAUAAUACUUAUGGCUCUGAUACUUACCAAGCGUCAGCUUAGGAGGUGGUCACAGGGAUUAUUAUUCCAUCAAGCAAUGGUGGAUUGUGCUAGAGCGGCGAUAUUAUUGCCACUUGGAUCAAGUAUUUUGAAUUGUCAGCCUGUCAACAAGUGUUCAUUAGUUGAAACAGCAUUUUUAUUGCUCGUCACUGUUUCAACAGUCAACAUGCUUACGACUGUUCUCAAUGACAGUCCAGUUUUUCCGGAAAGCGACGAAGAAGCUGAUUUAACAGCUCCGCUUCUCAUGGAUUCUCCGCAGUGUGUACUUUUUGGUACUUUUAUGAUAUGGUUUGCUAGUAUCACAAUAAACCUUGGUCCAACUUUUCUGAGUGGUGCACUUGCUGCUAACACGGAAACUAGUCAUAAUGCACCGAGCUGCCCACUGGUACACGGCCCAUUCCGACAUUAUAUUUUAAAUGUUCUCUGGAUUGCUAUAAAUAUUAUAUGCGUCGCACUAACAUUAUUUCAUCUGAGAAAAUUGCACAGAGAUCUGACAAAAGCCAAUGUUGAAGCCGUUCGGGUCGCCGGUCUUGUCACGACACUCGUCAAUGUCACAGGCGGUCACGGUGGAACGAACGGAGUCGCAGACGGUGGAACCGCAGAUCAGAGAAAUGGCACAACUCCAAAGAGAGGUGGUGCAUUAGAGGAGCAUCGGAAAAUGAGAAAUUAUCUAAGGCGAAUGGAACGUGAAGGAGUUCAAAGAGUCAAAAUGUUCUUAGUUAUAACAGCAGCAUACGUUAUUUUUUGGGGUCCUUUAUUUUUUGUGACUCUAGUACAUCACCCGGUGAUUGGAAACACAACUGGAUAUGAAGUCACGCUACACAUUGCCUACAUUCAUGCUUUUGUCAACCCCGCUUUGUUUCUAACUCUUCACCGAGGACUUCGCCAGGGUAUUUCGGACGUAUGCUGCGGUUGCUGUGAAAGUUUUGCACGAUGGAUUUUAGGAUCGGCAAUGAACACACCAAUACAAUCAGUACAACCACCAAGGUAUGAAGGACCAUUGAGUGUUCCAUCACCCCUGAAUCCACUACCACCCCCGCCACCACCGAUAUCAGCCACUGCUGCUGCAUCUUUGGAUUUGAGCGAUGUUGCUCUUUUGAAACCUCCAUUGCCUCCAGCAGCUAAAUAUCUUCCGCAAGAUGAGCCAAUUACGAUAUCACCUGACCCAUGGAGUGUUGUAAUACCUCGACCCAAAAGCAUUGUGAGCUUAUAUGAAGAAAAAUUAUCUAGAAGACCCAGCUUGGUACUUCCAGUUAUGAACGACAUGACAACGGCAAUUAGUCCGACAAGUAGUGAUUUACCGAGUGAUUAA